AUGCAGCAAAUCGUUUCCGGCAGCCGAUGUGCGGUUUGCUCCGCCACUCGCCCCUUCAUCCUCCACCUUCUCCCUUACAGAGGCAUUCACCGUCAUCUCUGCACCGCCUGUGUACUGGAUUCCCACCCCGGUUCCUUCUGUCCCAUCUGCUUCGAUGUCUUCCUCCAUAACCCUCCUCCCCCUCGUCUCCGUCUCUUAUGCCUAAAAUGCCCCUCUAUUUCACACCUCUCUUGUGUACCUGAUGCUCCUUCUGGUUACUUAUGCCCUCUCUGUUCUAACCCUAAUUUUACUUUCUUCUAUGUUACUCCCGUUAAUAACGCCAUUGAAAUCAAUACACAUUUGGCUAAACAGUUGGUUGCCGCUGCUACUAUUGUUUCUGAAUCUAUUCACAAUGCUGCCGUUAUGGCUAGGAUUAAUGCUGAUAUUAGGAUUAAGGAAGCUCUGUUAGCUAAGGCUGAAGCUAAACAAGUUUUGGAUAGGCUCAAGUAUAUGAUUGACAACCAAAAUCAUCAAUUCUCGCCCAUACAUGUUUCUGAUUCUUCGGCUAAUGAUACAGGGGAAAAUAAGAUAUAUGAAGUAAAAGGAGAAUCCUCUCAAUCUUCAUAUGAUUGUGAUACCAUGGAUGAUUAG